AGGAUUUUGACUUUGACGAAGAAACAGAGCUCUACACGUACCCUUGUCCUUGUGGAGACCGCUUCCAGAUCAGCAAGGAGGACCUAGCUUCUGGGGAGGAUACUGCUACCUGCCCCAGCUGUUCCCUCAUUGUAAAAGAUGAUUUUGCUGAGUAUGAAGAGGAGCGUGUAGUUGCCACUAAGGAAAAACAGCUAGUAAAAAAUUGAAGGAUUGUUGCAUAAAUACAUCACUCUUUAUCUUUAAGCAAGAUGGGUGGAAGAGGUCGUGGGCGUGGCCGAGGAAAGGGCAUGAGUUUGGAGCAGCUUGGAGUACAGAAGGGAGAAGUCUUACCUGAUAGGAUUGUUGGUCCACCUGAAACAUAUCCACCACUUGAAUUCAGACCAGUGCAGCCAACACAAGAAAAGAAUUUGGCCGAAUCAUACUUAUUGGUUGUCAAGAAAGAGUACCGGGAACAUAUGCAAAAUUCUCAGUUUUACAUUCAACCUGGAGUUAAAAGAAAGGAUAUUGAGAGAUAUUCUGACAGGUACCAACUUUUGUCUAGUCAUCGAGGCCAACUUAGCCUUAAUUGGUCUCGGUUCCCUAAAGAACUUCACCCCACUUCAGUGUCUAUUUUAAGGAAAAAAAGAAAGAAAGAAGCCGAAAAGGUUAAAGUCAAUGUAAAGAAGGCUCGAACCAAAGACAUGAAUGUUAGUGAGACUCUGGAAGCUCUAGAAAAAGCAGAAGCAAUGGGUAUGGAAGAUAAUGAAGAAGAUGAAAGAGAAAAUGCAGAUAAAGCAGAAGUUGAAGAUGUGGAAGAGCUUGAAGAGGCUGAUGAAGAGUUGGAUGAAGGGACAGACUAUUUCAACAGCUACUUUGACAAUGGUGAUAACUAUCUUGAUGAAGAAGAUGAUGCUUUAGAGGAAGGAGGAGUAUUUUGAUCUUGCCUUUGCCCAAUAAAUUCACAAAAUUAAUUUAAUUGAUUGUUGGCCUUAAGUUCAUUGAUGAAUUAUGUUUGCGUCAUAAAACUACUGUAUUGUCAGUGAAUUUGCCUCCUUCAAGAACUGUCAUAGAUAGGAUCAGUAUUGAGGAGGGGAUAGCCAGACAAUCAAGAUGGUUCAGAUUUUAUGGACCUCAGUCUUGAUCCAAACCCAAAUGUGAGGAACUCACUUUAUUCGUUUAUUGAUUUUUAUUCAUUCAUUUAUUUAUUUAUGAAUUUUGAAAGUAUAUACAGGGGAUCCUCGCAAUUCGACAGGGUUAGGGCGGUUUUUCGUCGGUCAAAUCAUUGUUUAUAUGAAUCGUGAAACAAUUUUUCCCAUAAGAUACUUAAGAAUUAGGGGGGAUAAGGACCAACCUCCAGCCUAGACCCCCCAAAAACAUCACUAUAACCUGUAAAAAACACUAACUUAGACUAAAUCAGUACUAUUAAAAGCUUCAUUUAUUUUGCACAGGGUAGCAUCGGUUUAAGGGGGUGUCACACUGGCCUAUGAUACACAGAAUGCAGGCCAUGGUUCGUGGUACGAAAUCAAGAACAUUAUCACACACAAGCUGGCCGCAUUCUUGCUAUGCUAGGCAAAUGGCCCAGCAACCAAGACCAAGCCUAAUCAAAACAAACCAGAACAAAACCAUGCUGCUUAUAUCUCACCCUGUGCUUCGUGCUGCCACUACACUUGCACUUCCAGUUAUAGAAGAAAAGAAAGAAAAGGAAACUAGGGAAGAACUGAGAGCUGCGCGUCCGCAACUUUUCGAGUCGGGGGAUGGUUGCCAUGAACCCAAAAUAUUGACAUGAUAUACAUAUAUUUCAUCUUUCUAAACUGAUGAAAUAUUUAAUAUAUGAAAAAUUAAGGCAUGUUCUUUUUAGUUUGAAUGAUAGGGUUUUAUUACAUAUCUUAUGUUUAUUUUUUCAUUGGGAUAGCAUACAAAGAACCAGAAUGGAUAUGAAGCCAUCCCAACUUUGCUCCGCUAAUCCCGGUAAAGUUCUAGCUAUCUCGAGUGGAUGUUCCUCGUUCCACAUAUCAUAGGCCAGUGUGAUAAACCCUUACAGGAAUUUACAGCGAAUUUGGGGUGGCGUGUGAUACGAAUGUUAAAUUGGCAAGUCAGUCGGUACUUUGAGGAUUGGGUAUCAAUUAACUGAGUUCGAAUUGGCGAUAAUUCAAACUGCAAACGAUCGAAUCUCGAGGGUCCCCUGUAUCAAUUAGUAAAGUUUUCUUUAAGGUGAGGUAUACCCAUAUUUUUUUUUAUGAAAAGUCAACCACAAUAUAAACUGAAGUUGAAGUGCACUGACAAUUGAUGAGGUCCUCUGGGGACACUCUCCAGGAAUUUCAAGGUGAUGCAACCAUUUAAAGGGCAAAAUAUAAGAAAUGUGAACACUUUAUGCCCUCAGCUGGCCAUUUGAUUUGUGCAAUGACUCAUUUUUUGCUUUUUGACUUUUUUUUUCAAUUUUUUUUUUUGUUGUCUUUAAAGUUAUUUUUCAUAUGGGUAUACCUCCCCUUAAUGUAACAGAUCUGAUUAAACUAUACUCCUGUUUAUGAUUUUUGUGCAUUAAAACUCUUGUUGAAUAAUAUAUUGAAGUGUAUCCCA